AUGAUCUCCACCCUGGAGGAGGUGGCGCUGCACCAGCAGAACAUCGAAAAGAUCGAACUCCUCGGGCAGCUUUGUCCGAAGCUGAAGAUCCUAUACCUGCAGAAUAACCUCAUAGGCAAGAUACAGAACCUCCACAAGCUUAAGGAGCUGGAGUACCUUAAUAUGGCAGUCAACAAUGUGACGAAGCUCCAGAACCUUCAGCGGUGUGAGAGUCUCAAGAAGUUGGACCUCACUAUUAACUUCAUCGGCAAGGCCGGCUUGCUCACGGUGGAGAGCCUCAGGGCCAACAUACACCUCGAGGAGCUGUUCCUGCUAGGCAAUCCCUGCACCGACUGGCACGGCUACCGGCAUUACGUCGUAGCCAAACUACCACAACUGAAAAAACUGGUGGGUAGGGUUUUAGGGUUUGGGAUUGGGGAUAGUGAGGGGCUGGGUUAG